AGGUGCAUGCGACGCUCGGUGCCACGACACCGCGAAAAUGACUCCUAUCGUCGGUGCACUCGUCAACGCUCUGGUCACCGACGACGACGAGAAGGUAUCCGAGCAGCCUGGCGCCGCCAAUCGGAGCGAGAGAGGGCUUCAGCAUAACAUCACCGGUUACCUCAUGUCCUGCAUCCAGAAGGACUUUUCGAACCCUGAGACGAAGGACGCGAUGCGGCAGGGCAAGGAGGACUGGGCGGAGACCUGCUUCGUCCGCGUGCUCUACCCGCAGGAUGGUUACGACGUCGACGCCGUCCGCAAGAACUUCACGCAGUCCCCUCAGAUGGUCGCGGCAUUCAAGACCCUCUUCUGUUCGCCCACCGAAGCGCGGGCUUACAUCACUGCUGACGAGAAUGGCCCGUCCCCUCGCAAGCGACGCAAGGUCGAUGUGAGAGGAGGACCAAAGCGCAAGAGUCUCGCUGCGAAGAUGUCCAUGGAGAAGGUCGAGCCUCGCUGCAUUGCGUACACCGCCUGUCAGCUGCACUUCGCGCUCACCGAUGCCAAGGACUGGACCACUGUUUACGACGGCUUCAACUACGCAUUCUUUUACGACUUCAUCGUGGAUUUCUUCGAAGGCCCCCAGAAGACUGAGUCACGCCGUCAGAAUGUCGAGGAUAUCCUCGACUGGUGGAACGAGCAAAUCUUCCCUCGGGGCCACUGCCGUGCACGUCGCGGCGGUGACAUGAUCUCCAAGUCCGCCGCUCUUCUGGACGAGCAAGAUUGAGCACGCCACGGUCCUUCCCCUACGAUAAGCAUCCUUACGAACCACCCCCACUCUCUGAGCAUCGUUCCGGUACAUUCUACCACACUGUCGGAUCAUUACAUUCAUUCCCACUUCGUUCUCUCCCUCAUAAGUACACGUAUCAUGCUUUCCCUAAUGCUGAAUAAUAACCACCAUUGUUGAUGCUGUA